AUGGAAAACUGUUCAAGUAUGGCUUUUUCUGAUAGCCAUAUAGCCCAGCAGGUUGAGAAACACUUUCCUCGUACUGCUCACCAUAUUUUCAAUAUUAUGAUUGAACAAACUCCUCCCAACACCAAGUUGCAAAUUUCAAAGGCAUUUUGGGUGAAAUAUUGUGAGUCCUUAUCGAAUCAAGUAUUUCCUAAGCUUCCAUGUAGAUCAACAGAGGAGGUAGAGUUGACCAAAAAUAGUGAUGGAAAGGAACAUAAUGUUGAUAUUGAUGAUUCUAAAGAAGAUUCAGACUCUCGACCCAACAAGAUAAGAAAAACUAGUCCUUAUGAUAAUUUUGAAGCUGCAAAUAAGACAAAACCAGUAUCUGAAACAAAUACUGAUCAUGAAAAUCAAGGCAUAGGCACUAAUAAUAAUAAUAAGAGGCCUUCAUCUGAAGCAGCCACCAAAUUCUUCACAGACAAUCCUUACUUCCAAGUGAAAUUGAGAGCACAUCAAUUGCGUGGAAAUGGAAAUUUGUAUAUUCCAGUGGCUAUUGCAAACUCUUGGUUUGAGAAAAAGGCACAAAUUUAUAUUCCAGUGGCUAUUGCAAACUCUUGGUUUGAGAAAAAGGCACAAAUUGUGAGUCUUUGGGUUGGUGAGGAAUAUUGGCAUGUGAAUUUAACUAUUAAUAAGGGAUCAUCAUCUUCUGGAUUAGAGCAUAGGUUUUCUUCUGGAUGGGCUGCAUUUGCAAGAGACAACUCUCUUCAGAAAUCUGAUGUAUGUAUCUUUGAGCUGAUCAACAAGAAUCAACCUGAGAUUAAAGUUACCAUAUUUAGACAAAAUGAAAUUAGUAUGAUUCAACAAUAA